UGUUAGCACUGAAUUUAAACUCAGUCCGGUUUUUCCGUUUUUAGCGGUGAAUUUGUUCGGUUGUUAGUCCAGUCUCUUAAAUUAUUAUCUCGGCAUUUCUGAAAAUUCAGAAAUUCAGAAAUUGCAUUUGUUUCAUCUUCAGAGAGAGGAGGGAGGGACGAGUUGCAGAAAGAAGACGAAUAAAAGAAAAAAAUCGUCAAGUUUUCUUGAGCCGAUUUUUUAAAAAAAAUGGCGUGUGAAGGAAAUGAGAUAUCAGAUGAAAGGAUAGGAGAGGCGCUGAUCAUACAGGUGAUGGAGGGGGAGCUGAAGAAGGUGCCCUCAGAGGAAGUCCCGCCCCUCACAGCGCACCAGGAGGUGAAUGAGCUGGAGGAGAAGAUCGUGGUCCAGGUGGCCCAAAUGGUCCGCAUCGUUGGCGACAAGCUCGAACACGACACAGAGUUCCAUGAUGCAAUAGAUGGAAUGUUUUUGGGCCCUGGCUCCAAAUCAGAGAGGUUCAUGCAGCUGGUGAACAAAGUGUUUGAACAUGGCCAGAUCACCUGGGGCAGGAUCGCCGUGCUGCUUUACGUCGCCGGCCGGUUGGCCGUCAAGAUGGUGGAGGCACAUCUUCCCCAGUCGGUGAAAGACAUCCUGAGGUGGACCUUGGAUUAUUUCAGAAACACUUUGUUGGGCUGGAUCCGUGAUCAUGGCGGAUGGAUCAACAGUUUUUCCGAGUUGGCCCGCGCACCGAUGAGGAGUGUGUCGUGGUUGAGCUCACACACCUGCGGCUUCAUUGUCAUCACCUUCAUCGCUGGCAUGGGUAUUGGCGGCAUCAUCUCCUGGAAACUGGCCAAGGGCACCUGAUGAACACAUGCACACGCACACGCACGCACGCACAGACACGCACGCACGCGAGACCUGUGUCAAAUAGUAUUUUGCGAAUAAUUUUUCAUCAUUUGAAGGUUUCAGCUAUUUGAAAGUCAUUGUGUUUACUGGGAUUCACAGCUCAGGCAAUAAUACUCAUGUUGUCCGGAUGCUGUAAACUCCCCCCACGUGUUUGAUGAAUUUUAAAACAGCUGCUGAGAAUCAUGUGCAAAAUACUUUUCUGACCCUGGUCUCGCUCUCCUUUUCUUUGUGUAUUUCUUUCUCUUUUUUAUUGUUUGUUUUGAACUAUGCAUAUCAACCAGUGGACUUGAAAGUUAGCGAGAAGACUGUUUACAUUAAAGACCCCCUCCACUCAAAAAUAUAUUUUUAUGUUUGUGUCCCACAGCCAAUCCCAUUGACUAACGGGGUGCUGCUUUAUAUAUCAUUAGCACCAGCCUUGAGUAUUUUAUUCUCAAAAAAUGAACAAUAUUAGUGUUACAUUAGUGUAACUAAGAUUAGUGGAUUUUUUUUUUAUUUUUUAUCCUGUAUAGAUUAUCAAACAUGAUAAAAGUUAUGGGGGGGCUGUUUGCCUAGUCAUAGGUCUGUGCAUACGCAGACUUAAAGAACUAUGCAUACUUAAUCAAUGCAAGGUGUAGAGUUAUAUCUAAGCCAUUUAAGGCAUGAAGGAAUGUUGUUUUAAUGGAAAAAAGACUACUAAUUAUGUAAUAUUGGUAAACUGGUGAUUUUUUAAGGGGUUAUCAGUGGCUAGAGGGGGAAUUUUGUAAUGGCCUUUGAACCAUACACUCUGUGGAAUACAAUAACAUCCCUGGCCAAAAGCACAUAGAGUAAGUAGGUGUUAAGGAGGGAGACUAAAUUUGCACUUUUUGUGUGGUAUGGACUAUCAUUAGUAGGAAAGCUUUGGUCCAAGUAUACUGAAAUCUUGUAAAAUGAAAUUAUGUCUUGUAUGUUAGGUAUAAAAACAGAGAUCUAGUAAUUAUAUAAAUGAAAAUGUUUAAAUCAAAAUGUCAGUUGAAUCGUGUGAGCCACCAGCAGCCUUAAGCCGCUCAGGAUUCAGACUUUUUUUUUCAUCACUCUUAACUUGUCUGCAAUAACUUUUUAAUUUUAAGUACUAACACUUUUUCAUGUUAGCAAAUGCAUAUUCUGGUACUGUCAAUCAUCAGGUCAUGAAGUUUACAUCUGCUGCCCUAAACACAAGCAAUAGCCACUAGGGUUGAAAAAUGACGGAAAGAAAGAGAGAAAGAGGGAGAAAAAAAAGGCAUUACAGUACUGUUAACACUGUUUGAUUGACUGGUCAUUUCUGGGAAAUGCAGUGCAUUACUGCACCGGCGAGUUUAGCGCUAACCACCAAAGAUAGACACAAAACAAAUAGAAUGAAAUUUUAAGUAUUUUUAAUCCUUAAGUGAUUGAAGUUCGCACCCCAGCUGCCUUGAAACAGCAUCUGUGGAGGCUUCACAGUCAUUGAAAAAGGAGACGGUGAACUCAGUCUGGAAGUUAAAAAGCAACAAUGGUACUCAUUGUGUUUUAUCUGUUGCAUGAUUAGCUUCACUGUACUUCACUGUGUUUCUUCUUGCUUCUUUUGGCUGCUAGCCUCACCUUGAUAGCCACAGAGCUCACUGCUGGCCAUGCCCACAGUACACAACCAAAAAUAUCCCCAACAUCACCAAAAAAAAAAAAAAAAUAUAU